GCCUUCUCCAGGGCGAGCUCAGCACAGCUAAGCUACGAGUCUUGAGCAUUUCCCUGCAUUGAAGAUACCCCUUCUGAGCUGUUUGCUGUUUUUUCUUUCUGUUUUUCUUUCAAACAUCCCCCUUCUCCGCCCCCGUUGAGAUAGAAGACGGAAAGAAGCCCUUGCGAGAGAGCAAUAGAUAGCUUCACUAAAAGCUGGUUCUCCCUUCUGGAAGGAAAACUAAGCUCGUACCACUCGCACGAACACACACAUACACACAGACACCAUGUCCAGAAUGUCGCGGCGGGACGCUUCGUCCUCGCCCUUCGCCUGGACAACGGUCCUCUAUCUCCUCCUCGUCUUCAUUGCACCCCUCACUCUGCUGGGGACGGCACACGCGGGGGAUGAUCAAGUGCCCAUCAAGGAGGAUUAUGGCACCGUAAUUGGCAUCGAUUUGGGAACGACAUACUCAUGCGUCGGAGCGAUGCAGAAUGGCAAAGUCGAGAUUUUCGUCAAUGACCAGGGAAACAGAAUUACUCCUUCGUACGUGGCCUUUACGGACGAUGAGCGGUUGGUGGGCGACGCGGCGAAGAAUCAGUACGCUGCGAACCCGAAGAGGACAAUCUUUGAUAUCAAACGUUUGAUCGGUCGGAAAUUCGAUGACCAAGACGCCCAAAAGGACAUGAAGCAUUUCCCCUUCCGUGUUGUCAACAAGGAUGGCAAGCCCCAGGUUAAGGUUGAGGUUAACGGCAAGGAUAAGGUUUUCACUCCUGAGGAGGUGUCCGCCAUGGUCCUGGGCAAGAUGAAGGAGAUCGCCGAGAACUACCUUGGAAAGACCGUCACCAACGCCGUCGUCACUGUACCCGCCUACUUCAACGAUAACCAGAGACAAGCCACCAAGGACGCCGGCACUAUCGCCGGUCUCAAUGUUCUCCGUGUCGUCAACGAACCCACCGCCGCAGCUAUCGCCUACGGUUUGGACAAGACUGGCGAUGAGCGCCAGAUCAUCGUCUACGAUCUCGGUGGAGGUACCUUCGAUGUCUCCCUCUUGUCCAUUGAUAAUGGCGCCUUCGAGGUCCUGGCCACUGCCGGUGAUACUCACUUGGGUGGUGAGGAUUUCGACCAACGUGUCAUCAACCACUUCGUCAAGAUGUACAACAAGAAGAACGACGUCGAUAUCACCAAGGACCUCAAGACCAUGGGUAAACUGAAGCGCGAGGUUGAGAAGGCCAAGCGUACCCUCUCUUCCCAAAUGUCCACCCGUAUUGAGAUCGAGGCCUUCCACAACGGCAAGGACUUCUCCGAGACCCUGACUCGCGCCAAGUUCGAGGAAUUGAACAUGGAUCUGUUCAAGAAAACCCUCCGCCCUGUCGAGCAGGUGCUCAAGGACGCCAAGGUUAAGAAGUCCGAAAUUCACGAUAUCGUUCUCGUCGGUGGUUCCACUCGUAUCCCGAAGGUCCAGGCACUCCUUGAGGAGUUCUUUGGCGGCAAGAAGGCCUCCAAGGGUAUCAACCCUGAUGAGGCUGUUGCCUUUGGCGCUGCUAUCCAGGGUGGUGUCCUCUCUGGAGACGAAGGUGCCUCUGAGAUCGUUCUCAUGGAUGUUAACCCCUUGACCCUUGGUAUUGAGACUACUGGAGGCAUCAUGACAAAGCUCAUCCCCCGUAACACUGUCAUCCCUACCCGCAAGUCCCAGAUCUUCUCUACUGCAGCUGAUAACCAGCCCGUGGUCCUUAUCCAAGUUUACGAAGGAGAACGCCCCAUGACCAAGGACAACAACCUCCUCGGCAAAUUCGAACUAACCGGCAUCCCUCCGGCUCCCCGAGGCGUGCCCCAAAUUGAGGUCUCCUUCGAACUUGACGCCAACGGAAUCCUCAAAGUAACCGCCGGCGACAAGGGCACCGGCAAAGCUGAAUCCAUCACCAUCACCAACGACAAGGGCCGCCUCUCACAAGAAGAGAUCGACCGCAUGGUCGCUGAAGCCGCCGAGUUCGCGGAGGAAGAUAAGGCGAUGAAGGCUAAGGUUGAGGCCCGGAACGCUCUAGAGAAUUAUGCGUUCAGCCUAAAGAACCAGGUAAAUGAUAAGGAAGGGCUCGGUGGCAAGAUUGAUGACGAUGAUAAGGAGACGCUCAUGGAAGCCAUCAAGGAAGCUACCGAGUGGCUCGAGGAGAACGCCGCGACGGCCUCAACUGAGGACUUCGAGGAGCAGAAGGAGAAACUGUCCAGCGUUGCCUACCCGAUUACGAGCAAGUUGUAUGGCUCUGAGGGCGGGGCUCCUGGUGGUGAAGAUGACGAGCCGAGCGGACAUGAUGAGCUGUAGUUUUUGUAAUGUAGGACGGUGGUGAAUUACUGUUUUUCUUUUUUAUCUGUAAUUGUUACUGAUUGAUAAAAUGUCUUGAUUGUUAUAUUCAUUUUCAUUUUCAUUCUCACUAUCAAUAUCAUUUUCGUACAACAUAACCAAAAACUUUUGCUGCAAUGCUGCGAGGGUUCUCAGAAAAUGGAGUUAAAUUCUUUCUUCUGGUUUGCUUUGCCCUGAUCUUUUCUCCUCUACUCUUCGACUUAAUUAUACAGAUGGAGUUACUCCUUCGCUUCUCCUUUUCUUGAUUGACCAACUUGUUUUUUAGAGCUUCUGUGAGUUCGUAGCUUGUUUAUUUGUUUAUUUUCUUUUAUUUUCUUUAUUUUUCUAUUUUUUUUUUUUUUUUGAACAAAAAGCAAAUUAAAUUGAAUUAUUGGAUGGGAGGGAAGGAGGUGUGAGAGAGACAACUAUGAUAAUAAAUGAAGAACAAGAAUAGUAGUAAUGUUUAGAAAUGCAAGACUAAUAACAAUG